UGGCCAAGCAUACAAGUCGUUCGCCCCGGCUCCAACAUUGAAGGAGUGAGCAUCAAUUCGGCUCUUUUCAUCAAAUUUAGUAUCUGUCAUACGGUCGGUUUCUUCAACUCGUGGAGAUUUGAAGGUUGGUAUCUGAACCUUCUUAAAUAUCACCGUCCGGCAUGCCAACAGCAGGACACCGGAGUUCAUGGUAACACAUUACAACAACCUGUGCCACCACCAACCAAUGUCGGCUUUUUGCCUUCUAUCACAGUAUGAGGCCUGAGAUUCAUAAACAGUUCCAGGACUGGCUUACUACCUUGCGUCGGGGCCAGAACAGAAUCACGUAUUGGAAGCGCGACCCUAUCAGGCGAUCAGAUCCGGCCCUGGAGGUCAUUGCACCUCAUCCGUGCCACAGCUUGUUCAAGGAUAGGACUGAAGCCCGACUCGAUCUUAUGGGAUUGCCAGAUUGCUUGUCGCAAAUCGAUGUCAUCACACAGCAAAAUCAUCGAGAGGAAUCAGGAAGUAGGCGAUACCAGUUCCUUGGUUUGGCCCCGGAGCUGAGGAAUAUCAUAUAUCACUACUGCAUCGACUAUCCCACUUGCCGUGAGCUGUUUCAUUCCUAUUACACGCAAGAAGAGCAGCGAAAGUACGAUUCUCAUGAUGAUAUAAAGGGGAAGCGGCCUUUGUUAUUUAAGAGAAAUAACACUGGUCUCAAGCUCCAGACGCCGACCGUCUUUCUCCUUUGCAAACGGAUCACACGGGAAGCCCUCAGUGUUCUGCGGACUCGAACCUUCGUCUUAGACAAUAUCCCGCCGUGGCUCAUGGGUCAUUCAGUCCCCUUGCCGGUAACAUCCUUUAUUUCCGUCCCGACGCUGGAGAGCAUCAGGUACAUGGAAAUUCGUAUCGCCUUAGGUGAAGGCAGUGGCAGUGGACGAACAUGGAAGAGAGUGAUAGAUCAGCUUCUAGAAGUUUUGACGAAGCACUCCCUGAUCAAACUCAAAGUCAUGUUCAAGCUCAAGGAUAUUAGACACAUGCCUCAGUGGUUUGGUGAGCUUCAAGCUUACCAACGUCUCAUUGACCGAUUUCUACGCUGGGAGCUCUUGACGGCAAAGAGAGGGGGUUUACUCGAGUUCGAGUACUGGCUAAUCGAUGGGUUUUACGCUUACAAGCAUAGUGAGCAUUGCCGAAAUCCUGCGAUUCGACGAUAUCCAGACGGCGAUGUCUGGGUUGGAAGUCUACUUCAGUACGUGUGAUCCAAAUUGGGACGUGCCUCCACUCUGCAAGAGUUCAGACUGCGAUACCGAGUUUCUAGCUACAAGUAGAAAGCUGCGGAGCUCUAAUGGUGUGUGGUUUCCGUACGACCUCGUUCGUUCAACGGUAGUGUGAGGUCUCCAGGACAAGAGACUUUAUGGCGAUGCAAGAUUCCGGGGCGAUGCAAGAAGGGAAAUACUACGAAUCAUUGAAUCAAUACUGUAUUUGUGUCUGAGAAGGUUGGACAUUUGAGAAUAUCAAAAACACACAUAUAAACACGC